AUGCGCACCAACGCCCUCUCUCUCCUCACGGCCGUCGCCGUCGGAGGAUUCGACCUAGCCACGGCCGAACAUGUGGAACGACCUCGUUAUAUGGCUCGUGAGGUGAAACGCUUCGUGAGGAAUGGUCAAUUGCAGGGUCGUGGCCUCGCCAAUCCAUGGAGUUCUAUCUGGGACAGCAUCCAGGAUGGAACCUUCGGCCAGCCCACCACCACCAGCAUUCCUCUUGCGCCAGCCCCCACUGAGCCCCCCCAUCAGAUCGUGGUGGUUGUCUCGGUCGAUGCCGAUGGGAAUGUGCAUACAAUCACCACCUCGACGGAGUUCUUGACUGCUGCGCCGGCCACAGCAACCACAUCCACCAUCACACAAGCCCAGCCAACUUCCGUUCAGGCGGCCGCCGUCCCGGAGACAGACGUGGCCAAUUCGAGCAAUCCCCCGAUGCCCACCUCGGUCAUUCCGUCGACAUCAUCAACAUCGUCGGUCAACCCUGUGAUCGCCGCGGUCGGCGCAGUUUCCUCCACUCUGCCAGACCUCGGGGUUUCCAGCACUCUCGCGACAAGUAGCACCCUCCCCGCCUUCACCAGCAGUGCUGCCCCAGAAUCGCAAGCUCCUGUGCCUACGACCACUAUCGAAGCUCCCAGCAUCAUGACGACAAGCUCGCCUGUGCCAGUAUCCUCGGCUGCCUCGACGAGUUCAGCUGCCCCCAUCACGACCGCCGACCCUCUUCUUGGCGUCAUCUCCAGUCUCUUUGGAGGCACAAGCAGCAGUAGUACCAGCAUCAGCACCAGCACCACUAGCACCCCGGCUCCCGAAUCCAAGGCCCCUAACACGGUGAUCAACAGCUCGACGCUGCCAACUUCGACCGCCGAACCUCUUCUGGGUGUCAUUUCCGAUAUGCUGGGGGGCAGCACUACUGUUCCCAGCUCGACCGCCCCAGCCACCACUGCUGAGCCCAUUCUUAAUGGAUUCAUCUCCGACCUUGUGGGUAGCAGUAGCAGCACCGCCGCCCCGACCACCACCAGCAGCGUCAGCGCUUCCGCCUCUGAAUCUAAUGCUCCAGUUUCCACUGCCGCCAGUGAGGCGUCCCGGCUGAUGACCAGCAGCGCUUCUGCCCCGAGCAGCACGGCGGUGCCCAGCACGACAUCGGAGGCCCUGUUGGGUGGUCUCAUUCCCAACCUCUUCGGCAGCAGUACUACUGCUUUGACCACCGCUGCCCCUACGACGGAUUUGGUCGGCAGCGCUAGCAUCUCCGCGUCGGACGUUGUUUCCACCAGCGCCGUUGCCAGUAGCGAAACUUCUAAACUGAUGACCAGCAGCUCGGCUGCCCCAAGUACUACCGCCGAGCCUCUCAUUGGUGGUAUCGUCUCCAACCUCCUGGGUACCAGCAGUGUCAGCACUGUGACGCCGGACGUGCUUGCCACCAGUUCCAUUGCCACGAGCGAAACUCCUCGGUUGAUGACCAGCAGCUCGGUUGCCCCAAGUACUACCGCUGAGCCUCUCGUGGGUGGUAUUAUCUCCAACCUCCUGGGUAACAGCAGCGUCAGCACUUCUGCCCUGGAUUCCAAGACUCCAAGCGCGACUAUCACCGGCGAGGCCAUCAACACGCCGACCAGUGCUUCGGCCGUCCCGACGACCACCAGCGACUCCCUUCUUGGACUCAUUCCCGGGUUGCUGGGAUCUACGAGCAGCGCCACUGCGAGCGUCCCCGCCACUGACCUUCCAAACUCGGGAUCCGUGAUUCAGACACUGUCGGCUAUUCCUACGCCCACCGGUAUUCCGACCACCACCAGUGGUCUACUCGGCAGCGUCGGUGUUUCUAUUCCCCUGCUUGAAACCACAACCAGUAUCCCUGAGCUCUCGUCGACAAUUCCUGUGAGCGUCCCUACAGGCUCCUCUUCAGCGAUCCCAGCCACCACUGGUGAGCCGUUGAGCUCAGUCAUUGGCAGUCUUACCAGUGCCGUGGGAUCCAUCCUUCCCAAUGCUACUGAGACAUCUGCCCUGCCCUCUAGCACGAGCACCGAAACUGGCAUCGGCGCGAUUCCUACCCCUGGCGCUGGCACUACUUCCGUGUCGACCACUGGCCUGCCUCACACUUCGAUUCCCCUGAUCAGCUCUGCGACGGCGUCGAGCGGUACUUCUCUGCCCACCUCUCUGCCCACUUCUUCGCUCGUGGUCCCUACUCCUCACGUACCUGUCACCAGCUCCGGUUCCACUUCACUCUCAACUCCCAGUGCCACUUCCGAGGCUGUGACGUCCACGCCCUCUGAGACGCCCACGACCGCCACUACCAAAGCCUCCGAACCAUCGACUACCCAGACUUACCCGGCGCAGACUUCGGUGGAGCCCACCACCAGCAACACUCAGAAUUGGAUCCCCUCCACGAUUCUGGUGCUGCCAACCACCACCGCAGCUGGGAGCACGAGCACGGGAACUCAGAGCACUGCUCAAGCUCAGCCAACCACCUUGCCAGGCUCUAUCACCCCCUCCGAGGGGGUCACAGAGGCUCCUUCCGACUCGGUUUUGCUUCAGCUUGGGUUCGACAAGCACCUUCCUUGGACCUUCGUUGCCACGACUCCUUUGUCGUCUUCGCAGAUCUUUGAGUACAUUCCCCAGGCGCUGAAGAAUGCUCUCCCCACGGUGAACUCCACGAUGUGGGCUCUUGAGCCUUACUAUUCGUGGCAGACCACCGGAUACAACGCCACUCUUGCUAUCUUCUACUUGCCACGGGAAUACGUCCAGGCUCUGGCGGACCUGAAGCGGAACCCCAUCUCGGCUCUUUACCGCAACGCCGAUGACUCCGUCACCACGCUCAUGUCCAUGAUCGACCCGUCGAUUCCUCUCGAGUUCACUGGCAACUUCCCUGCCUCGAGCGGUGUUUCUUCCUCGGACCCUGCCAGCACUGGUGGUGGCGACGGUGGGAGCAGCGAGGGUGGCAGUGGUAAUGGUGGCAAUGUCGAUGGAUCUGGCAACUCCGCCAAGGCCAAGGCCAGCUCUGUAGGCAUUGGUGUUGGUGUGGUUGCCGGUGCCGCAGCCUACGGUGCCGGUAUGUUCUGGGUUGCCCGUCGGUACCGCAAGAGAAAGCAGUUGCACAAGCGCUCCAGCUCCACCGUGGAACAGAUGAGUCAGGGUAUCGGCGCUGGGUCCCUCUUUGGCGCCGGUGGUCGUAUGUCUGGUAGUCAGCGCACCGCUCGUUCUGGACAGGUGAUCAGCGCGCCAGUUAUGGCCGAGAACUCCCUGGGCUGGAACUAG